CGAUGAGAGACAGUAGCAGAGGAGAUAACAUCAAGGCUAUGCUGCACAAAGAAACGGCCUCAAUAUGUGAAGACCAUUUCCUGGGAACCGAUAUACUUCGGCAUGGGAAAAAAAGCUUUUUAAGACUCGGAGCAGUUCCAUGCAGAAAAAUUCCCAGGAGUUCAGCUGUGUACCAGGAAAAAACAAGACCUCUCCCAGCUGUGCGUGAACCACUGCCGGAAAAAAUUCGAUAUCGAUCUACUAGGAGUUUGGUCAGUGCCACUUCAUACUUGUCGCAAUCUAUGAAAGACAAAUUAGGCAAAUUGGAGUUGUGUUGCGGUAUUGAUCGACGGGAUGGCAGUACAUUGGUUCACCCAGUUUUGUCGUGGGGAGGUGACAAGAUUAAUAUCAAAAAUAUAUAUCGGUCAACAUCAUGUAGCACAAUUGUGGAUGUGUCAAUUGGAUGCCCAAUGUGCAGCAGCUGCAUGUCAGAACAGUUCAAAAAUGACGAGGAAGAACACCAUCCAAGCCAGGUCAUGUUGCAAGUUGAUGAUACUGUGCAUGAUAUGAUCAAGGCCACUUUCGCUUCUGAAAGUUCCAUCUUGAAUACUUGGCAGCAAAUAUUUUUCCCUCUUCACGUCGGUACCAUCCAGAUAAAUGUCAUUCCACCACAAUCUGGGAUUAACAAACUGGCAUUGAAAGAAAUGGAGAGAGUCAUCAAAGACAAGGGUUCAUUGAUUGGAUUUGUUGCUCUCGAUGAGAUGAAGGGCAUCAAGAUUUUUACAUUACGAAGCUUAUCAUAUAUGUAUCUGGAAGUUUUAUCGAUGCUUCUAAUAUCUUCCAAUAGACUAAGAUGUGGAUUGGCUUGA